UUGCUAUGUCAAUAUGGCCACUGUCAGACAGACAAAGGCAAAUCAGUCUCGCCACGAAAUGAAAUCAAAAAGGCAGACUAGAAGAGGACGUCUGUCAUUGUGAAAACCGACUGGUGCCUGUUCCGUGUCAGGGAUAUAGAAGAGGACUUGUCGCGAGGACCAACUAAACACCGGUUUAUUAAAUGCUGUAGUGGACGGGAGCUCUAGAGUCUAAGAUCAAGAAUGUCUCGGUACACCGACGAGCCUCGUUUCACCAUCGAGCAGAUUGACCUGCUCCAGCGGCUGAGGAGGACGGGGAUGAACAAGCCAGAGAUCCUCCACGCCCUGGACACCCUGGACAGACUGGAUCACCAGCACGGACACAAGUUCGGACGCCGUCCCCAGCCCCAGACGCAGCCCCACCCCGCCUAUCAGGGGCCGACGCCCAAUUGCAACACUAAUACAACGUCUUCUCCCUCGUCCGAUAACGUUGCAGCGUCCUCAUCAACGUCCACGACCGCCACACAGACUGGUUACCUGGGGAAUGGGAGAGGGAGUGGCCUGUCACCGUCACCUAGCAACAACUAUGAUAUGUCUCCGCCCCCUCCGGUGGUUGUAUCUGCCCCGGUGGCUAUGGCAGUGGUGGCGCAGAACGGGCAUGGGGUUGGUGGUGGCGGUGGCGAGCUGGUUGCCAUGACGAACGGGAAGUUGUCUCCACCGCGGUUUCCUGUCAGUGUUAGUGCGGUGAGUGGCGGCGUGAUGGGGAGCAGCUACGGGUUUGAGGCCAGCGAGGAGGAACUAGACGUGGAAGACAAAGUGGAGGAACUCCUGAGAAGGGACAGUGCCAUAAUCAAGGAGGAGAUCAAGGCGUUCCUGGGGAACAGGCGCAUCUCUCAGGCUGUGGUGGCUCAGGUCACAGGUAUCAGUCAGAGUCGUAUCUCCCACUGGCUGCUGCAGCAGGGCUCUGACCUCAGCGAACAGAAGAAGAGGGCCUUCUAUCGCUGGUACCAGCUGGAGAAGACCACCCCUGGUGCAACUCUGACGAUGCAACCCGCCCCCAUGGCUCUGGAGGACGUGGUGGAGUUGCGGCAGACUCCGCCCCCUAUAUGCUCCACCCCCGGGAGCUUCCGUCUGCGCCGAGGCAGUCGCUUUACCUGGAGGAAAGAAUGUCUGUCUGUGAUGGAGAGUUACUUCAAUAAGAACCAGUACCCUGAUGAAGCUAAAAGAGAGGAGAUCGCUAACGCCUGCAACGCUGUCAUCCAGAAGCCAGGGAAGAAGCUGUCUGAUCUGGAGAAGGUCACGUCUCUGAAGGUCUACAACUGGUUCGCCAACCGCCGCAAAGAGAUCAAGAGACGUGCCAACAUAGGUAACGUUUACGACCCCCUCGGGGUGUGUGUCUGUGUGUGCGUGCAUGUGAGCUCAGAUAUGUUAUGGCGAGGUCUAUUUUUUCCCGAAGAAGCAGCAAUCCUGGAGAACCAUGGGAUCAAAGUCCAGAGCCCUGGAGGACACUCCAACAGCGAUGAAAUCGACGGGAAUGACUUCCCUGACCAGGGCUGUGAGGUCCCUCUGUUUGAGAAGAGAGUUGGGACCAGACCUUUCAGUAUCAGCCGACUAGACCUGUCCUCUCCCACACAGGUGCCCACCCUGCUGCCCAGUUGGCUGGCGGCUUGGCCUGGCUCGGGCAGGGGGGGCUUGGCCGCCCAGAGGGCCAGCUCUCUGAUUUGCCGCUCCUUGCUCUCGGGAGCGGGUCUCGCUCAGGGGGCAGGGAUGGAAGGUUCCAGACUGACAGGUGUGUCCUGGUCUGUCCCCUCCCCCCCCUCCCUCCAGGACGACUCCUCCACCAAUCACAGCAAUGCCCUGGAGCACCAGGACCCCAUCGCUCUCGCUGUGGAGAUGGCGGCGGUCAAUCAUAGCAUCCUCGCCCUGGCAACGCAGGCGGGGGGAGGAUUGGCCCUGGGUGGGACAGGCAGUGACAUCAAGACAGAGGUGGUGGAGGACAACUAGUGGGUGGGGGGGAGAGACUGAGGAGGAGAGGGAGGGAAAGGUGUUUAUGUAUACGUGACAGUGAGAAAGAGAGAGUGCACAUGGGGAUGAGGCCUAUAGUAGAGUAUGAAAACAUUACGUUUGGGAGUUUGUCAAGGUGCAAGUAGAGCUUAUUGGAAUGUUAUACUGUAAAUCAGGGGUGUCAAACUAUUAUUUUUUUUGCCCCACGGGUCCUACCUCCACCCCAUCCCCUAAUACCUCUACCACCCUACUCCCUAGUAAACACUUUUAGACUGUUGGAGGUGUUGGGAGGCCUGGUUCUACCUCCACCCCUAUCCCCUAUAAUACCUCUACCACCCUACUCCCUAGUAAACACUUUUAGACUGUUCUAGAGGUGUUGGGAGGCCUGGUUCUACCUCCACCCCUAUUCCCUAAUACCUCUACCACCCUACCCCUUGUACUCCCUUUAGACUGUUCUAGAGGCAUUGUGUUGGAAAGUCUGGUCCUAAAGUUGUGGGUGUAUGUAUGGUAUAUACUCUUGUCUGUGUGGGUCUAAAGAAUCAGAAUAGGUUAUUAUGGAACCCUGCACACCUCACUCUAAGCAUGGAGGACCCCUGCCUUGGCUUUCUGAGUUUGGCACCUCUUCCCCAAGGUGCACUGCACACUUUGAUUAUCUUACUCCUUUUACUACUCUCUCAUUGCUCUCACUCCAUCUUUCUCUUACUCCUGUCAUCACUCUAUCCCUCGCUCUUUGUCUCCCCCCUCCAGCUUGUCAGUAUGAGGGAGACGGGAAGUGGUGAGAGUUUUGAACAGGCCUCUGUAGAAGCCUUAUAUAUUCCCUAAAAUAUAUUCACUUGUUGUAGCACUACCUAAACUGGUUAGGUUUAAAGCCAAUGAGAUCAGACAUUCAUUAUAUUAUUGCUCACGAAUUAUGAUAACAAACUGCCCCUGAAUUCUUAAUAAUGAAGGGAGUAGAUAGAGGGAAUCAUGCUAGCUAGUGAGAGGGGCUUUAUGUGUAUGUGGUUGUUAUGGGGAUAACUAUAAGCAUAUUGAAGCUGUACCCAAAGCAUUUGUUUUUAGCUUUUAACCUUAAUUUAAGGCUGCUGAUGUUAUAAACAUGUUCCCCAGUUGAAAGGAAAUUAUUUACGCUUUUAAAAGAUUGCCAAUCAAGGGUGCAUUAUACAUUUCCCUAUUAUUAUUGGUACUGGGAGUAACACUUCUUUUUCUAUCUUUUCUAUAUGCAUUAUAUGUUCUACACACAAGCUGUUAUCUAAGAUACUUACUUUUAGAUUGUAUUUUCUCUUUUGAAAAAACACUUUAUGGGAGAAACUACCAUGUAAAUGGCGCUUCAGUUUCCUCCCCUCGUAGCUUAUUGGUCAUCCUGAGUAAUUGACAGACCAGGCAGGCAAUAGGAGGAAGGAAGACUGAUCUGCUGGCUGACAUGUGUUCAAAGGUAAGGGGUCAAGGGUUAGGGGUCAUUUGGUGUUUCAACAAACACCUUCCCCCCACCACCCCUUCCCUAUAAGCUAAUUCCCAGGUCACUGCUUUUAAUGAGAAAUAAUAACUUUGUUUUGCUAACCUUACAGGGGUAAUUCAAGUUGACUAGUUUUGUUGUGUAGGCCCUUCUAUUAUGAUGAAAUCUACAGACCUCAAUUCCCAACGAUUAGGAAACUUUCUCAUUGCCAGAUCUACACAAUGAUUGGAGUGAUGGGAUAUGGCCCCAGUCUAUCGUUAGACCAAUUCUAAAGUAUUGACAAGUGUCUCUUGUGACAGACUGUUGGCUGACCAGCAUGCAUGCAAGAUUCAAGGUGCAGAGACUAACGUUGAUGUUUGGGGUGAACUGUCCCUUUAAGUCAUCCAGUAUGUAUUGAAUGACAGACCUGAGGAUGGUUCCUGCUGCUUCAGAGAUUGUGAAUCUGAGGUUCUGCUAGCCAUUAACCUAGUGCUUUGUUCUAAUCAAAUAUGUAUCUUACAAGAUAAAAAAAGACUAUUCUAAAGAGAGGCAGAAAAACAUUUUUAUUUUCAGUUUGUUACUUAAAUUUUUCCAUGUGUAAAAUACUGCCAAACAGGAAUGUAUAUUAGAUUAAUCGUUUGAUUCAUGAAAUGCUUUUUAUUUUUUAUAUCAUGUUUUGUGUUGUUCGUUUUCCAUUUUGAUAUGCACAAUCUGCCCUGUGUGUUUUGUAUUGCAUCACUCAAAGGCAAAGCUUCUUCCUUCAGGUUUCUGAGGUCUUUACUAGUCUCUUGAGACUUAAUGCCAUAUCAAGUAGCUCGCUAGCACACACUAUUUGGUUUUGCAUCUGACAUCACCCUGUCAAAUCUCUACAAAUUAAAUUGGUACUGUUUACAAAACCAGGUGAAAAGGUUGCAUUUGCUGAAGACUGAUACUCAAUGAACUUUAACCUUUGUGGGAGGUGCUUUGCCUUUGACAUUCCGAAGGAACAGCUAUUGCCAGUCCUUGUUCAUACAUAAAACUUGAAUACAUGAAAUAUAACGACAAAUGUUCUAUAAGAUGAAUAUCAAUCAAAUAAAUCACUGUUGUAUCAGAUUUAAAUAGUUAAAUUAGUCCUGUUAUCUCCUACUUCAGAAUUUAGUGCCUUUUUUGGACAGUAGACUGUUCUGUAAUGGAAUAUGUAGAAAACUAUGCCUUUGUUACAUUUUCUCAUUUGUUUACUGUACCUACUAGAGAAUAAAGAAUGAUCGAUGAACAAUGCGUGUUUUUGUUGAGCAACUGAAGUCUAACUGCAUGAUUUCACAAAAUAUGUAUCAAUUGGUUAAAAUCCUAACUUGAGCUACACGUUUAACUCGAAUUGCCAUUGACAUCAAUGCAUGACUUGAAAGGAUUCUGGAAGUUUACGCAGCCUUAUCCAUAAAAUAACAGCAGACGAUAGAAAUCUGUAAAUCAAUUCAUUUUUUAAAUUAUUUCCUUUACAGGGAGAUUAUUGUCCAGGCGAUAAAAAAGACAAAUGAAUUAUAAUACAUGAUUAUUCUUUGGAUUUCAGCAUAGAAUUACACAGAACAAUUAAAUUAAUCAAAACCCAAACUUGCGCUCAGAUUGUUAAGUCUUAAUAUAUACAUCCAGUCACACCUACACACAUUCGCUCACAGAAAUACUCAAAUAAUACACUUCACAACAACACAAUCAGAUACGCAAAUUAUUGUUGAAGAUUAUUAAAAAUGAUAAUAAUAACGAUAACUCAAGACUCCAGGACGAGGCACAAACCAGAGCUGGUCUCAAGUGAGUCGUGUCCAAAUUGGCACCCUAUCUAUUUUCUAUGCACUCUAUGGGGAGUAGGGUGCCAUUUCAGACGCAACCAUUGUGAAAGGAGAGUUGUACAAACGGUCUGAAGAUCGGGCCCAAUUCCAUUUCUGUCCCUGGCCCCUUCCUCCAGCUCCUACCCCUUUAGUAUUGAACACCUGAGAGAUAGCUCAGGACAGAAAUGGAACGUGGCCGCUGAGAGUUGGAGGUAAAAAUUCUCUACUCUAGUUGACGUCUCUGUUGGAGAAAAAUAUUCUCUGCUCUAGUUGAUGUCUCUGUUGGAGGUAAAGAUUCUCUGCUCUAGUUGAUGUCUCUGUUGGAGGUAAAGAUUCUCUACUCUAGUUGACGUCUCUGUUGGAGGUAAAGAUUCUCUACUCUAGUUGAUGUCUCUGUUGGAGGUAAAGAUUCUUUACUCUAGUUGACGUCUCCGUUGGAGGUAAAGAUUCUCUACUCUAGUUGACGUCUGUGUUAGUAUCCUCUACUAACAUGAGCUCCCAUUGUCCCAUAAGCCAGUGGCUGAAUGUGUACAGUGAGUCUGACGUGGUCCACGUGUAGAUUGAAGUAAUUCUUACAGUAUACAGGUUUCUCUAUGGCGGGAGUUAGGGUUUGUAGUUAUUGAGUCUCGCAUUGCCAGACAGAGGUUUUUAGUUAUUAAACCCAGAGGGGGACAGACGGACAGACUGACUGACUUGAAGACUAUCUUGUAGACUGAAGGCCACAUAAAGGCAGGUGUCAUAUUGCUCUGAGCUCUGGACCAGGGUUGCCAUAGAUACAGAUAUACAGGAAAUGCAUAUAUUAGAAAGGCAGAUAAACAAAUAUAUAGUCUUGAAAUAUUAUUUCCCCCAUAACGGUUUGUUGCAUCUGUGUCCUUGGGCCUUUAAAAAUCUAUGCUCACAGUAGCACUUGAUUAAAAAUAUUCUUUAAAAACACAGAACAUGCCUUCUGUGGAAUGAUGAAAGAGUAACAGUAUAGAUGGAUCCUUAAUCAGGUAUAGACAGUCGAUAAGGGUCAAACUCAAUAGAAUACCUGGGGUGUAUUCAUUAGUUGCAGGCCGUAGCAAAAAGCGGUUUUCCAUUUACUCCAAACAAGAGUUUCUAUUGGACCAAUUCAGGUAGGUCCCUCCCCGCUUUGUUUCGUUUGCUUCAUGUUCCUAGUGAAUACACCCCUGGUGUGGUUCUGAGCACGUACAGUCACAACCAGAUAUGUUAAAGUCCAUGAUGACGACUAUUGAAAUGAAAGCCAGAGGAUGCCUGUAUGACAGGCACGACAAAUGGAGGUCACUUCCCCUUCCUGGCGUUACACAGCAUUCAGGUACACGUGUACCUGCUUUUCAGUACAAAAAUGUAUGCACUCACUACUGUAAAUCGCACUGGAUAAGAGCGUCUGCUAAAUUACAAAAUAAAUAUAUUACUGUGAAUUUUUACGUAUAGCUUUUACGGUGAAUGAAGUCUCCGCGAAUGCGGGAACAUUGCCUUUAAAAGGUGCAUAGCUGACAAAGCCUGAACAGCUUGAAUCCCGGCCUUACUGCCUGUGAACGAGCAGAUCUGUAACUGUAUUUUGAGUCAGAAGCGAAGACUCCACCGGCAAUGUCAAAUAUUCAGUAUCUCAAAAGAGCUAACAGUUAGAAAUAUGAACCGAUAAAAGUUACUGAAUAAUGAAAUGUGUUUGAAUCAGAACUACUUGCGUGUAUCAUCCAACUUCCGGAUAGGAGCGAGAGAGAGAGAGAGAGAGACAGAGACACACACAGAGAGAGAGAGAGAGA